AUGGAACAUAAUACAAAUAUUAACAAUGAUUUUGAAGAAGAGUUAAUUUGUUCAUUAGCGGUUAAAGGCGAAAAAUCAGUCCAUAAAUUGCUUUUAAAUGUUUUAUCAAUUGUAAAGUAUUUAAAAACCUUACAAUCAGAUCCGGUAUUGGUUUAUCAAAUGUCAACAAAAGAGCAACAUAGUUUUCAAGCUAAUCAGUUACAAAAUUUACAAUCAUCUAACAAUACAAGCACCACCUCUACAACAACAGGCUCAGCUAACAAUACUGCUACCUCACCAAAUACCAAUAAAUCACCGACCAACACAUCACCCAAUACAGGUUCACACUCAAAUAUUAAUAAUCAAUCAUUAAACUUAAAUACAUCAUCCUUUUUAAACGACAACGAAAAAAUUAAAGAGUUAAAUCAAAAUUGUUUAACAUCAGUAGUUGCACUUCAAAAUAUAAUAAAGGAUAUUUUAAAUUUGGAAAAUAAAAUAACAGAGAGAGAUAGUAACAUAGAAAAUAACGAUAGUAAUAGUAGUCAUAAUAAUAAUAGCCAAAGCUCAUUGGUAGAGGAGUUGGAAAAUUUGAAAUAUGAAGCUUAUCAAAAAAAUUGCACAAUUAAGAAAUUAAUAGAUAAUAUGCGAUUGCUCCAAUUAAGUAUUAACUCAAUGAAUAGAACAAGUUUGUCAGAUUAA